AUGGAGAGUAGUUCUAGAUCAGCUCCAACAACUACUUCUGCACCUUCAACAACUAGUAAAAUGAGAAAAAAUGCUAGUGGGGCCAGAACUGAUCCUGGUUGGCAGCAUGGUUUAGAUUUGCAUGAUCGGAAAGUCAAGUGUAAAUUUUGUAACUCUGUAUGCUCUGUUGGGAUUUUCAUAUUCAAACACCACUUAGCUCGCACACGUAAUAAUGUCGCGCCUUGUGAUAAAGUUCCCGAAAAUAUUAGGCUCGAAUUUUGUCGAUUAUUGGAAGAGAAUGAUAUGGUAACAAAGAAAAAGAGAGGUGCAUUUUCAACCAGUGAAGAUGAUGAGGUCUAUGAGAAGCAAGCUAGAGGCAAUAACUUGGAAAACAAUGUGACAAAAAAAGGAAAGGUUCAAAGCACAAUGAAUUCUAUUUUCAAGAAGGAAGAACGUGAAAGAGUUUCCCAACAAAUUGCAAGGUCACGACUAAUUUGCUUGUUUAAAGAGUUUACAAAAGGGAAAGAGCUCCUUAGGCCUGGAGCAACUAGAUUUGCCACAUCUUAUCUUACACUUGGUCGCUUGUUUGAGCUGAAAAGUGCAUUGAUCUCAUUUUUUGCAUCUAAAAAAUGGUUGUCUACUAACUAUGCAAGGACUGAUACCGGAAAAGAUGUUGAGGAUAUAGUUAUGGAUACUGCAGGAUUUUGGUCAUCAGUUAUCACAUGCCUUAGGGCCGUGAAACCCUUAAUGAAGGUUCUUCGAUUGGUUGAUUCAGAUUCUAAACCAGCUAUGGGUUUCAUUUACCAAGCCAUUGUAAAUGCAAAGAAGGAAAUUAAAGCAAACUUCAAAGAUAUCCAAACAAGGUAUGGACCUUUUUAUGAUAUCAUUGAUGAUAGAUGGUAUAAUCAGAUGAAUAGGGCACAACAUGUGGCGGGUUAUUACUUGAACCCACAGAUGCAAUAUAGCGAUGAUUUUGAGAAUAAUGGUUGGAUCAAAAGUGGAUUGUACAUGUGCCUAGAACGAAUAUGUGGUGCUGAUGAGAACCUAGCGAAGACGAUUGAUUGUCAGUUUGAUCAAUUCACGAAUGCAAGAGGUCUCUUUGGUCUUAAUGUACAUUCUAAGAAAAGAAAUCGACUACAACAACAAAAGAUGAAUGAUCUUGUGUAUGUUAUGUACAACUUGAAGCUGAAUGGAAGAGAUGAAAAUAAAGGAAAAGGGCAUGAUGGACUUGAGACAUUAAAUCUUGAUGAUGUUAGUUUUGACGAUGAGUGGAUUACUGAAGAACCGUCUUCUAAUCAUGAUGUAAAUGAUGAUGAUGAUUUUCUUGAAAGGGCUAUAAGAGAUCAAUUGCGUGCGGAUGAUCGAAGAGAUUUAGGACAAGAUAUUUUGGAUUUAGAAGAGGAAGAUGAUUUGGAUGCACAAUUUGUUAUGUUAGACAAGAUUAAAUGGUAUUUGUGUUGUGACUAA